AUCAAAGUUAUACGUUUGCACUGUUCAUACUGUCAGAAGAUGUGAUAUACUUUUCUUGGUCUUCGUCCCCAGUACUGAACAAGAUUGGAACUAAAGUCUUAAUCAAAGAUACCCCAAGCUACGUCUGCUAUUCUUACUCUUCUUUUCAGGUUUACGGUAUGGUUAGGUUAAGCGGUCCGGUUAUCCUUUCCAAUCUCCAUUCAUUUAUUCGAUUAACCAGAGUAACCCUAGUCCCUAGUGAUUGCCCUUCAUCACGAAAAGUGUUAUCACAGUGAUAAGACGUGAAGAUAUUCAAAUCUGAAAAAAGAUAAAGCCAUGUUUAAAGUCUUUGAAUAAGAUUCCCAGUCAGAUUGCUCAACAAUCUUCAGUUUCAGGGACCCUACUUACUAUUUUUAUCACGCAAACCAAGAGACAAACAUCCUUUGUGGUUACUAAAUACAAUUCAAAGUACAGUUUUUCAACACAACAGCCAUAUAACCAUGAUUUUCCGAAGCGACAUCUCUGCUCUGAAUGAAGACAUCAUAGUUGAGCAGCUACUUCGUAGCCAUGAUCCAGAUGGUCGCUGGCUUGAUUCCGAAAUGCUGCUUCAGGAAGUAGAAACCAUCUUGAGUUUUGUUCUUCAAAAUGAUGUUUCUAGACCGGUUGUGACAGAGAAUUGUAUCACCAACGUUCAAGUUUUUGACUCAAAGGAAACACUACCAUAUGCUAUCUCCAGAAUCUCUGUUCAGGUAAAUGGUCAUCCUUUCUUCUCAAAUCAACUCUUCCUGGAAAGUUCCUUGGAGCCAAAGAUCUUGAAACUCUUGAGGUUGCAGAUGCUUUGUCCAUGCAUGGGGGAAAAUGAGAUCCAGUCAAGAACAAUGGCUUUAUUCGAUCUUCUGAAAGAAUACAGAUGGGAUGCAAAAGCUGUGUUAGUACUAGGAGUCCUUGCUGCAACAUUUGGAGGACUCUUGCUACCAGUUCAUCUAGCCUUCUGUGAUCCCGUCGCAGCAUCAAUUGCAACACUCAACCAGUUGCCUAUUGAGAGAACCAAGUUGAGACCAUGGUUAGAAUCUCUGAGGUUGCUCGUUAAAGCAAUGGUGGAUGUAACCAAAUGCAUAAUUAAAUUCGAAAGACUACCAAUUAAACAAGUGCAGCUAGACAACAACAUUGUGGGGAAAACCUUGUCUAAUGUCUAUUUAGCUACUUACCGGGUUGUCAAAAGUGCACUUGCCUGCCUGCAGCAAAUCCCUCAUUUCAAGCAAACUCAGCAGGCAACAGAAACAAGGAAAGCAGCAAGGGAACUUUCCAUGGAUACAAGAAGAGCAGUAGGGGAACUUUCUAGUUUGGGAUAUCAAUUACUCAGCCUCCAUACCCGCCUCAACAAGCAGGUAGAAGAUUGCAGCACACAAAUAGAGGAAGAAAUCAAUCAAAAGCUCAGAAACAUUAACACAGAGACUCAUCAAGACAACCAAGACGUACUCCACCUACUUUUCUCUCUACAAGAUGAUCUACCACUUCAACAAUACUCCAGACAAAUAGCUAUAACCGAGCUGAAAGAAAAGGUAAUACUGCUGCUACUAUCACAGCCACCAGUAGAGCCACUUUUCUUCCUGCUUCAACAGUUAUAUGAUCAUCCAUCCAACACCAACACAGAACAAAACUACGAAAUCAUAUGGAUUCCAAUACCAUCCUCCCAAAAAUGGACAGACGAAGAGAAAGAAAUCUUCGAUUUCUACUCAAAUUCCUUACCAUGGAUCUCAGUAAGACAGCCGUGGUUAUUGAGCUCUACAAUAGUCAACUUUUUCAAACGAGAAUGGCAUUACGGAGACGACGAAGCAAUGGUGGUGGUGAUGGAUACUAACGGGGAGUUUGUGAACAUGAAUGCCAUGGAUAUGGUGUUGAUAUGGGGUGUUCAAGCAUAUCCAUUCUCAGUAACUAGAGAAGAUGAGCUUUGGGAAGAACAUGGAUGGUCUAUGCAGCUCUUGCUUGAUGGCAUUCAUCCUGCAUUUGAAACUUGGGUGAAACAAGGAAGAGAGAUUUGCAUAUUCGGAAGCGAGAACUUGGAUUGGGUUGAUGAGUUUGUGUCACUAGCAAGAAAGAUUCAAAAUCUAGGGUUCCAAUUAGAGCUUGUUUACCUCAGCAACGAGCGAACAAAAGCCAUGGAAGAGAGCUCAAUCUUGUUUAGUCCUACAGUACAACAACUCUUCUGGCUACGAUUAGAAAGCAUAGAACGAUCAAAAGUAAAGCGAAUCGGAUCAUCGAAACGACCUGAUCUUGUUUUCGAAGAAGUUACGAAACUUCUCGACUUCGAUUACGGUGCACACAAGGGUUGGGGGAUCAUCGGAAAAGGAUCAGAAGCGGUGACGGUUGACGGAGAGAAGCUGACGGAGAGGAUGAGGAAGAUUGUGCAGUGGGGUGAGUACGCUAAGGGAUUGGGUUUUACGGAGGCGAUUGAAAUCGCGGCGGAGAAGCCGUGUGAACUUAGUCACACGGUGGUUGUUCCGUUUCAGGAAGCGUUGACGGUGAGAGUUGUCACGUGCGAAAAAUGUAAGCGGCCAAUGAAGAAGUUUGUUGCGUAUCAGUAACUCACAGCCCCGAUAAUUUAACAAUUACGCCCAGAAAUAAUAUGGUUUUAACCAUUUUUUUUUUUCUAUUUGUUUCAUUCCAGUAAAAAUGUGAAAUUGAACAAAAAGAGAGGCAAAUGUGAUAUUUUCGGGUAAAGGAGGUUGAUUUGGAGAUAAUAAA